AAAUGUCAUUCAUAUUUCUACCAACUCAGCAGACCACUGCAGCAAUUUAAGUAGUGAUUCGCCUGGUUGUUUCUUGUAAAAUAUCCAGAGUCGAUCGAAGAUGGGGGAAGAGAAGGUGAAGAUUCAUUCGACGUCGACGGUUGUGCCCAGCAAGGCUGUGGCGCCGGGAAAAUGUUACCCGCUGUCGAACCUGGAUCACAUGAUGCGCCUGCACAAUGUCCGACUGGUAUACUACUACAAAAAGUUCAGCAACAAAGCAAGCUUGGAUCUUAUCUCGAACUUGAAAAUUUCCCUGUCGGCUGUUCUUUCCAGCUACCCGGCAGUCUGCGGAAGGUUGCAGACCCGAGACGACGGCAACUGGGAGAUCAAGUGCACCGAUGCCGGAGUUAGGGCUUUGGAGGCCACGGUCGAUUCAACGCUUGAAAAUUGGCUUCAAACAGCCGAUAGAUCUGCCGAGUUAGGGCUUUGCCAUUGGGAGGGCAUUGGCUCUGAUCUUUAUAUUUCCUCGCUCGUCUAUGUCCAGUUCAAUGAAUUUGAAGGAGGGGGAUUGGCGAUAGGAAUAAGCUGCGGACACAUGCUGGCAGACCCGAGUUGCCUAACCCUAAUGAUGAAAGCCUGGGGAGAAACUCACCGCCGGGCACAGGUUUUGCACCCGCCCUUCUUCCACCCGCCGGGGCUCAAGGCACGCGCCAACAAGAACAAUGAAACCACGGCAACGCGCUACUAUGAGACAACAUUCAAGCAGGAGGUUAGCACCUCCUUAAAUUUCAGGACCGUGACCUUCAAAUUCAGCCAUGACAUGGUCCAGCAGUGCAUUUCACAAGUUGAGAGCGGGAGUCAUAAAUAUCAAGGGGUUACAGCGUUUGAGGCCCUGUCUGCCCUGUUCUGGGCCGCCUGCAGCAAGGCCAAGGAUCUGCAAGAAGCUAGGUUAUCUAUCUGCACCGAAUUUCGGAAAAUAAUUAUUGCCCCUCUGCCACACGGUUUCUUCGGAAACGCACUGCAUUUUUCAGAGGUGUGCAUGACCGCGCAAGAUCUUGCCGACCUGUCUCGCCCUGCCAAGGCAAUACACGAUGAUAUUUUCCGGCUGGAAAGGGAGGAACUGAGGUCGGUGAUUGAAUGGCUUGAAAAUCACAAGAACAAGGAAGGGCAGCUGCCGCUCCCCUUUUAUCUCUACGGUCCUCACUUGACAGCCAUUAAUGGAGAAGGCUUCUUUACAUAUGAGAGUGUGUUCGAGCAGGAUGAGAAGCCCCUCCAUGUUUCGUAUUAUGUGGAGCCUAUGCAUGAGGAAGGUCUUAUUUUCGUGCUACCUUCCGCUGAAGGUAAUCUCAGCAGAACUGUUAUGCUCACUCUUCCCGAGCACCAGGCGAGCUAUGUUUGUCAGGAUCCUGACAUUUUACAAUUCUCCCCUACAUUAUGGAUGAAAUAAAAACAGAUGAUCAGAAGAAUGUAAAGUUUUUGUGUUGUAAUCUGGAUUGCAUGAAUAAAUGAAAGCGAUUGCAGUAUAUUGCCAAGUGCAAUUUAGCUGAUAGCUGCUGUAAUUGCAUGCAUGCUUUUUUUGA